AUGGCAUUGCACGACUUAUACGAACUCAGGGUCAACGGCCUCAGCAUCGCCUUCUACCUCAUCACCACGAUCUCUCUGUACUACAGCGACAUGUACCGGAAUAAGGGAAAGACAAGCUAUUCCUUCUACUUCGGGUCUAUCUUCUUCCUCUACAUCUACUGCACCCAACUGGCCAGCGCAGCAAUCAUCUGUUUUGGCAUCUCGGCUUUGAAAAUUAAGCCCGUCGUGCAGGAGUCGCCCUGCGGAACGUUGUCGUUGAAGAACGAUUUCUGCGCGACGUGCGGGUCUUUAACAAGGUUUUUGGCGUUUGUGGGACAGGAAGGGGAGUGGAGGUGGGAUAAGGUCGAGGGGAAGUGGGCCGAGCAGGGUGUGCUUCUUGGAGUUUUGAUCGUACUCACGCUACUACUGUGGGUGUCUCUCACGAAAGGCAUUGCCUACGACAGAGCGAGAGCAAACGGGCUGGCAGUCGGCGAGUGCAAGGACACAAGCGAUGCGCAAGACACGUUGGAGGCUGCCUGA